AUGGAGAGAUUACAACAAUUAUUAAAACAGCAGUCAUUGACACAAACACCCUUUCAACAACAACAACAACAGAAACAAAUGCAGAAUCAGUUAUUCAAUUCACAAAGCUAUAUGAAUUCUACAAAUUCCCAUGAAAAACAUGUUAAUAACGAAGAUGAUGAUGAUGAUGAAUCAUUACAAGAAUUUUCAAAACCUAAUAAUAACCAAAGCCAUCAACAAAAACAAACUCAAUUACCACAACAGACACCGCCACCUAUAUACCAACAAAAUUUUUCACAACAAGAACAACAAUUAGAACAGUCAACCAAAUCAGAGUUUUCAUUUCGUCAUCAAUCACAAGCACAACAAUCUUCUCAAGCAUCAUCGCUACAACCAUCAAUGGAGCAACCGUCAACAUUGAUGUCUUUGGAAAAUACUCAACAACAGCAACAACAACAACCGACUGAUCAACCAUUCAACCGAAAAUUUCGUCAAUCUUGGCGUAAAACUCCAGAUAAUUUACCAACUAAAGAAUUGAAAAAAGCAACUAAAUUACUAGAUAAUGAUAUUAGUUUACAAGAUGACGAUUAUGAAGAAGAGAUGACAGAAGAUGAUAUAUUUAAAUUACAUGAAGAAUUAGAAAAUGCACGAGUACAAAAUAAUGAAAUGAAAACAGCAUUAAUUGAAGCUCGUACUAUUAUUGAUCAACAACAAAAUCAAUUAACGGAAUUUCGACGAUAUGCUGCACAAUAUCAAACUGAUGCUGAAGCAUUUAAAAUGAAAAGUAUGUUUUUACUAAAUAAUACACAAACACAUGAUGAACAAGUCAAUAUAUUAAUUAAUGCAUGUGAACGUUUAGAAGCGGAAGUUGAUGCACUCACUUGGCAAUUAGAUCGAACUAAACAAUCAUUAGAUUUAAAAACACAAGAAUGUAAUUUUCUUAACGAACAACUAGAUGAAAUACAAUUGAAUGGUAGUUAUCAUAGUCCUAAUUUAACAGUAGAUAAUAAUAAUCAUAAUCAUAAUCAUCAUACAAGUAGUAUAAGUAGAUUAGAUAAAUUAAAAACUGGUACUGAUCAAUGUAAUUCUAUAUUAAGUACAGAAUAUAAAUCAUUCACAGGUAAUAGUCAAUUAUUACAAAGGAAUACAAUGAUGUCAGAAUCAGAUAUAAAUAAUGAUAUAAAAAAACUUCAUGAUGAAAUUAUUAAUUAUGAAAAAAAAGAGAAACAAUGGGAAGAAACACAUGAAGAAUUAUUACAGAGACAAAAAUUAUUAGAAGAAGAGAAAAAACAACAAGAUUUAAUUAUUGCUCGAUUAGCUAAUGAACAAGUAGUUGGAAAAAACCUUAAUAAUUCACAGAAUGAUAACAAUCAACAUGAUGAAAUUCCAGCUGAAAUUAUAGCUAAAUUAAAUAAUUUACAUGAAGAAAAAACAACAUGGAGAUUGUAUGCAACAAGUUUAGUGCGUAGUUUUGUUGAAAAUUGUGAAGAAUUUAUACGUAAAACACCAUAUAAUGAACCAUAUUUUGAAAGUGAAACUGAACGUCGUUGGUAUACAUAUUCAAUGCAUUUAUUAGAAAAUUUAUUAAAUGUUGCACCAUAUCAAUUAUCUAAAACUGAUUUAAACCUAUUAAAACGUACUAAAAAUCCAAUAACAAAUCAUUCAAUGUUCCAACAAACAACAGAAUCGAAUAAUCCACCAGAAUUAUUGACUGCAUUAGAUUUUCCAUCACAAGUUCAAUUAAAUAAUUCAUAUGUAGGAGGAGGAGGAAGAAAUAUACAAUUCGAUGGAUUAGUACAACAACAACAAUCACAAAAUACAUUUACACAAGGAUAUGAUUCAUAUAAUCGUGAAUCAAAACAAUCAUAUCAACAACGUGCAGCUCGUGCAGCAUCGAAACCAUUGACAAAUUUCUAUCGUAAGAAGAAGUAA